AAUAAGGGAUUCUUAAAUAAAAAAAAGUUUCGCUGAAGAUAAAUUUGCUGAUUGUAACAUUGUGAGCUGUGUUUCUUUACAAGUGAUAAAUAAAAUGGAACAUAAAGAAAAAAUGACCGAGGUUGGUAGAAAAUUAAAUGAAGAAGAUGUGAAACGUAUAAAGUAUAUCUUAGCAGAAAAGAUUGGUAAAGGUAUUCAGAAAAUUAUAAAUGGUCAAGAAAUGAUCAUCGAAUUGGAAAGUAUUGGUUUUGUUAGCGAAAAUAAUUAUAAAGAUAUUAUUACUAUACUUGAUACUCUGAAUCGAGCUGAUCUUGUGUCAAUAAUCAAUGGUGAGUAUCAACCUGACAGAGAUUUUGGAAAAAGUAUUAAAAUCGAUGAAGUAAAAUUAGAAGAGCAAGUAAAAGAAGAGGAGGAUAUAAUACAGAUGUUUAUCGAUAUAAACCUCAAUAAAAAUUUCAAAAAAGAGUUGGAAGUUUUAGAUGAUACUUACAUCGAACAUGUUGGCUUGGAAAAUAUUAUUAUAGAAAGAAUGAAAGCAAACCUUGAUUUGUUAGAAGGUGAAUGUGGGCUAGGCAUAGGAUGUGUGAAUGAAGAAGAUGAAGAGCUAUUGAAUGGUGAAAAUGCCAAGUCACGUGCGGAGUUUUUUAAAAAAGUCGGAUUCUCAACCACAGGAGCUGAAAAUUUCGAAAAUUUUAUAGUUCCAACUAUAAAACAUUGUUCGUUUCAAAAUUGGCUGGACAUAUAUUUGGAAAAAAUAUUUUUUAGCGAAAAUUUGAUUACCUGCUUUCAUGGUUUUCCUUUUGAGGGCCCUAACAACAUACGAUUUAGCAUAAGCUCGUAUCAAAGCUCUUCAAACUUGCAUAGAAAAGAUAUUUCUGCAUGGAAUAUAAAAUUAAAUCUUUCAGAAACGGAUAUUGCAACUAAAAUUUCUGAAAUUAAAACAGCAUUGUCUUUAGGUAAAGAAACCUGGUAUCACGGGACAAAUGGAAAUUUUGCAAAAAAUAUUAUUUCAAAUGGAAUUGAUUCACAAAAAGGAAAGCCUAGAAAAGACUUUUCACAUCAAAAUGGGUUUUACCUUCAGCAAAAUUUUGAAAAAGCCAUAGAAUGGGGAAGUAUAUAUAAAACGGAGAUCUAUGCUGUUUUAAUUUAUAAUAUUCCUGAAAAAGAUCUUCGUGAUUUCAGAAGUGUGCCUGAAUUAAAUAGUUCCAAUUUACAAGAUUGGGAAGAAGUUGUAAAGUUUUUUAGGUCUGGUCGUAAUGCUCUAAUACCGCGUUGUUUUCCUAAAUAUGAGUAUAAAAUAGAUUUUAUACGAGGUCUUGUUUCAAAUUAUGCAUGUCAAAAAAAAACUUAUACACAAAACAAUAUGGAUGAAGUUCAGCUUUGCUCGAAAAGUCAAGACAUGGAAUGGUUUUUGAAUGGAUGUUUGAUUGGUGUAAUCUUUUUUCAAAAUUGUGAUGAAAAGUUAUUUUUUUAAAAAAAAGUAAUUAUAUAAUUCUUA